GCUCCUAAUCCUUAGUUUAAACGCUUUAAGAGUUUUUUUUGUCGCGUUAUGAAUAAUGGUGGCGGGUAAGUUCUCGUUGGUCAAGCGUUCUUCGACUUUGCUAAAUUUAUUGACCAUAAUGUCUUCCAAAAAAGAUAUGAGUGACAAAUUUAAUGACCUGUCGGACUUGCCAAUUGCGUUUGAUUCAAGCAAGUAUAUUACUUGUCCGUACGAUAAAGUGCAUCGUCUCUUGCCACAACGUUUGGCAAAUCAUUUGACACGUUGUUCUCGGAAUCACCCAAGCUCUAAGCUUGUACGCUGUCCUUUCAACAGCACCCACUUGCUGAAGAAGAACGAAUUGAUUCCCCAUUUAAGCACAUGCGAGUCUAGCAGUGUCUACACCAACUUUCAAUUUCCAGAUAAAUUGCCGGAAUCAAGUACUGCCAGCGAGGACAUUGUUCCAUCUAAAGAGGAUUGGGAUGCUGAGCCUCCAGCUCCCACUUAUAAACCUAUAUCACAUCCCGAGGAUGACUUUAUUUUACGCAAUCUACAAGGUGCUCAACCAGCAGAGCGUCGCAUAUUUCGCGCGAUGGAGCGCAAACGCUUCAAUGAACAUAAAAAUAAAUUUUCAAAAUAACUUACAAGUUAUAUUAGCUUUUUUCGGGCGCUGAAGCGCUAACGCUCUAAUGAACAAAAGUAUAAAGUUAUAUUCAGUAUUUCAAUAAAAUGUAGA